AUGGACGUUAUCAUCGUCACGGAGGAGGUGGACCGAACGGUGUUGUACAUACGACACCGGUACAUCGACUAUGAAGACAAGUUCAUGGCCCCCUUUACGGCCCUUAGACCGCCCCUUCGCGGCCCCUAUGCGGCCCCUCGCCCCCCCCCCCCCCCCCCCCCCCCCCCCCCCCCCCCCCCCCCCCCCCCCCCCCCCCCCCCCCCCCCCUCUCAUGGCCCCCCUUUGCGGCCCCCCCCGUCGCGCCCCGUCGCGGCCCCUUCGCGACCCCGUCGCGACCCCGUCGCGGCCCCGUCGCGGCUCCGUCGCGACCCCGUCGCGGCCCCGUCGCGACCCCUUCGCGACCCUGUCGCGACCCCGUCGCGACCCCUUCGCGACCCCGUCGCGACCCUGUCGCGGCCCCUUCGCGACCCUGUCGCGGCCCCUCCACGGCCCUUUGUGGCCCCCCCUUUGCGGCCCCUUCGAGGCCUCCUCACGGCCCUUUGCAGCCCCUUCGCGGCCCCCUGCGUGGCCCGCCCCUGCAGCAGCCGCCCCUGGCCCCUGGAGCAGCCGCCCCUGCAGCAGCCGCCCCUGCAGCAGCCGCCCCUUCCCCUGGAGCAGCCGCCCCUGUAG